AUGAAAAAUAGACUUGAAGGAAGCUUGCAGAGGAGUGUUUCUGAUUGGAAGAUUAAGAGGAAACGCUCAACACGUGAAGGGAAACAGGUACCACGAGCAGUGGUGGAUGAUAUCACUCCGUCUGUUCCUUCUGGGUCACACCACAAGCAACCUGGGGACCAUAUAGAUGCUCGAAGCAAAGUUAGGAAGUUGCUCCAAUUGUACCAGGCAACAUACCGAAAGCUUAAACAAGUUAAGGAACAAGGUAUUCCCAUAGUUGGACGGAUUUACCUUGAAGCAGCUAAAGCAGUAAAGAAAGACCCUGUCUAUACAAAGCUUGGGGCCAUUGUGGGAAAUGUUCCUGGUGUUGAAGUUGGCGAUGAAUUUUAUUAUAGAAUUGAGUUAGCAAUAGUUGGUCUGCAUCGCUUGUAUCAAGGAGGUAUUGACACUUCUAAGGUGAAUGGUGUUCCUGUUGCUAUAAGUGUCAUUGCCUCCGGAGGCUAUCCUGAUGAAUUGUCAAGCUCAGGUGAACUAAUAUACACUGGCUCUGGAGGGAAGGCUGGGAGCAAUAAAGAUGGAAGCGAUCAAAAGCUUGAGCGGGGUAAUCUCGCCUUGAAGAAUUCCAUUGAGACGAAGACCCCGGUUCGAGUGAUUCAUGGGUUCGAAGGUGAAAGUAGAAUUGAAGUUGGUGGUGGAAUGUUGGCAAGAGGCCCGAAAGGAGAGAUGGUCUUCAAGUACAAGUUACAGAGGAUUGCAGGGCAACCAGAAUUAACCCUACAUGCAGUCAAGGCAAUUAGGAAGUCUAAAAUUCGUGAAGGGCUUUGUUUGCCUGAUAUAUCUCAAGGAAGCGAGAGGAUACCCAUAUGUGUCAUCAACACAAUUGAUGACAUGAGGCUAGCACCACUUAAAUACAUCACCGAAGUCACAUAUCCAACUUGGUGUGAAAAGGAACCUCAAAAGGGUUGCAACUGCACAAACCACUUCUCAGACCCUAUUAGAUGUGCUUGUGCACGGAAGAAUGGAGGGGAAAUCCCGUUCAAUCGCGAUAAUGCUAUCGUCAAAGCCAAGCGUCUCGUAUAUGAGUGUGGUCCAUGGUGCAGGUGCCCGUCAACAUGCUACAAUAGGGUGAGUCAGCAUGGUGUCAAAAUUCCACUUGAAAUAUUCAAGACAGGCAAGACAGGUUGGGGUGUAAGAUCCCUCGGUUCUAUAUCUUCGGGCAGUUUCAUAUGCGAGUAUACUGGCGAGCUCUUGAAUGGUGAAGAAGCUGAAAAUAGACAGAAUGACGAAUAUCUAUUUGAUAUUGGUAGAAACUACUAUGAUGAAGAACUUUGGGAGGGGAUUAAAUCAGUGGUUGAUGUACAGUCUUCUACCUCAUCCUCUGGGACAAUGAAAUGCUUCACAAUAGAUGGAGCUGAGUGCAGCAAUGUGGGAAGAUUUAUCAACCAUAGCUGUUCACCAAACCUCUAUGCCCAAAAUGUUCUCUGGGACCAUGGUGACAUGAGGAGGACGCCGCAUAUUAUGCUUUUUGCUGUUGAGAAUAUCCCACCACUGCAGGAGCUGACCUACCAUUACAAUUAUAAGGUAGGCUCAGUCCAUGACGAGAAUGGCAACGAGAAGGUUAAACAUUGCUACUGUGGUGCCUCGGAUUGCAGGGGCAGGCUCUACUAA